AUGGAAGCGACUGAAGUGAAUCUAGAUAUCAAAGUAACACAGCUUAAAAUGAGCAUUGGUAAAACAAACACCAUCGUAGAAACAGGGAAGUCAGAAGCGAUCGAAAGACAUUUGUCCACCCUGCGGUCCCUCAGUAAAGAACUAAAUCGAAUGCGGAUAGAAGUAGAAGCGACAAAACUAGGUGCGAAAGAAGAAAUUGCCGACAUCGAGGCGUGGAAUAGCGGAAUCGACGCACAACUGGAAAAAGCGGAUUGCGAAGUGGAUAAAAUGUGCACAUGGAUCGACGACCGCAAAAGAGAAGCAGAAGCAAUUGUCAAGCAAGAAGAACUUAAGUUUCACAGAGAUGCACGCAGAAAUCCAAGUUGA